AUGUUUAACUUAUUUUUUCCAUUUCAUCAAGUUAUUUUCUUGGUGUCUUAUUUUCUUCAAUUCGAAUUCGCCUUUCUUUCUUUCUUUCUUUCUUUCUUAUGCACGCAAUAUUCAGAUUUUUACAUAUCCUUUUCAUUUUCUUUUGUAUUGUAUCUCAAGUUUCCGAUUUUCUUCGACUCUCUUUUUAUUCUCUCUUUCUUCACUGGAAUAUUGAUAUUUUUUUUUUUUUUUUUUUCUUUCACUUUUCUUCAGUUUUUACCGCCACAUUUCUUUCUUCCUUUCUUUAUACCUAGUCUGCGAUUAACUUCUGAUUCCCUUCUACUCCUCCCUUGCUCUGUUUUCCUCCUUUCUUUAUUCGUCACGUCUUUAUGUUUGUCCUUUCCCUUCGUUUCUGUUAUUUCGGAAUUCACCGGUAGUGCCCGCGGGUCAUGCUCUGGCAAGCUGCUUGGCUACUGUCUCUGA